UAUAAACAGACACGCCCUUUUAACUGUCUUUCGCUCGGCUGCUAGAAUAGUCUGAAUAUGUGACACAAUAAAAACGCAGCUUUAUGUCAUGUUCACAGCUUCCUUUGUUAUUAAUAUGGCGACGCAUGCUAACAGCUAGCUGAGGUCCCAUUGAAGUGAAUGAGAGAUGAGGCUGAGCAUUGAUUAGCCUGCUGAGACUGAUGUAAACAAUGUGUUUUUAGUGUUGUACAGUCCUGGAGAUACACUAAAGAAACGCAGGUGGCAGACUGAAGCUGUGAAUAUGAGUGAUGAUAAACCGUUCCUCUGCACUGCUCCUGGAUGCGGACAGCGAUUCACAAAUGAAGACCACCUGGCGGUGCACAAACACAAGCAUGAGAUGACCCUGAGAUUUGGUCCAGCACGCAAUGAGAGCGUCAUCAUCGCUGACCAGACACCGACACCGACCCGCUUCCUGAAGAACUGCGAGGAGGUCGGGCUGUUUAACGAGCUCACCAGCCCCUUUGAGCAUGACUUUAAGAAGGCCACGGAGGAUGACAUCAAAAAGUUGCCUCUGGACUUGUCUCCCCUUGCGACUCCUGUUGUUCGAAAUAAGAUAGAGGAGCACACACCCGUCGUGUCCCACCGAGACAGUCCUCUUCCGCACCCUGAGUCUACCACCACUGACGACAAGGAGGUUUCUUUGCAGCCGACCUCUCUGCCUCCAUCCACUAUAGUCCGUCCUGCCUCCCUCCAAGUCCCCAAUGUACUACUGGCCAGCUCUGAGGCUGGUGUUGUUAUUCAGCAAGCUCUCCCAUCUCCAACAUCUAGCUCUGUUAUAACCCAGGUCCCAUCCUCUAGUAGACCGAUAGUUCCGGUGUCCGGCACGUUUCCGGUUCUACUGCAGCUGCCUAACGGUCAGACCAUGCCAGUCGCCAUUCCAGCCACCAUCGCCAGCUCCAGUGUUCACAUACCCACUGCCAUUCCUCUGGUCAGACCAGUCACCGUAGUGCCUAGUGUUCCUGGAAUCCCUGGCCCCUCCUCUCCACAGCCUGUCCAAUCAGAAGCCAAGAUGAAGCUGAAGGCGGCCCUCAGUCAGCAGCUCCCUCAGGUAACAAACGGCGAUGCAGGCGACAUCCAGAGCAGCUCGGCCAGCGAGACUCCGCCCCCAGCCCUGCCUCCGACUGAGGAGCCACGCCCUAAGUCACUACAGCAGCCUGCCACAUCCACUACAGAAACGCCUGUGUCUCCCGCCCCUCCAGCCCAGCACACAACCACUACAGGUGGGCGGCGGCGGAGAACCACCAGCGAGGACCCCGACGAGAAAAGACGGAAGUUUCUGGAAAGGAACAGAGCCGCCGCGUCUCGCUGCAGGCAAAAGAGGAAAGUCUGGGUGCAGAGUCUGGAGAAAAAAGCAGAAGACUUGAGCACCGUGAACGGACAGCUACAGAAUGAGGUGACUCUUCUGCGUAGUGAGGUGGCCCAGCUGAAACAGCUUUUACUGGCUCAUAAAGACUGUCCUGUGACACUCCUGCAGAAGAAAUCAGGAUACCACCAGCUGGAUAAGGAGGACAGCUGUGGGGAGAUGUCUGUUCCCAGCAGCCCACAGAACGAGGCCAUCCAGCACAGUUCCAUCAGCACAUCCAACGGCGUCAGCUCAUCCACAGCAACCACAGCGGCACUCGCAUCCGGCCCCGCUCUGGGGCCCACAGCAGACCACAGCACAGAAGAGGAAGAGUCGCCGCAAGUGGGCGGGGCUUCUUCCUCUCACACCCAAUCUUCAGGAAGCUGAUCAGGCCUCUGGUUGGUCACUUUGAUUCCUGGCAGCCAUGAGGGGGAUACGAAAUGUUCCCUGGAAUAUUCCGGUCUUGUCUCCCCUCUGUAUUCAUUUGAGCUCUUUUUAAUCCAGCGCAUUUUUACAAAGAGUGAGUACAGUAGUUGGGAAAGCCCAUGGGAGGUUAUGCAGAAAUUGUACCGAUUGUUUUAUGUUUUUUUUUUUUUUUUUUUUUUUCAUUUGUGGUGUAUUUAUUGAGUUAAACGCAAAGGAUCAAGACGGAAUGAUUCACGACAGCCCAAAUGUGUCCGGAUUCAUAGCAAAAGGAAAUGGACUUACUGAAGCACUAUCAGAGGCGUAAAGAUAGAACAAUUGGCCACUUUAAUUUCUUUGCCUUUAUAUUUUGCACAUGAAGAGAGUGACGUUUUUUUUUAAUGCUCAUUGUUUUAAGUGCUUGACACAAGCAGUUCCAGCAGAUUUUAGCAGUAGCUUUAAACAAAUCUUAAACUGAUUGUUCGUCUUCUAGAAAUAGCGACGUGUUGUUGUGUGAAUGUUUGAAAUGUUUUUGGCAUGUUAAAGGAAGUCAUUGGGAAGACGUGAAUGAUUGUUUCUUGGGAAGUGAUUGUAGGAGAGCAUUGUUCACAAUGCAGACUUUUCAAAUGCUUACUUCUAUAUGUGCCAUUUAUUUGUUGCAGGUUAUUCAUUUCGAAUUGAAAUGACAAGCUUCUUUUGCAAUUAAAAUUGAAUUAGUUACAUUUUAGGUGAAAUUAGUGACAUAGACUACGCUGAAAUCUUUCCAGGGACUUAUUUUGAUAAGAAGCUUAAUGCUUUUUUAUAAGUGAUUUUUUCCUGCUAAUUUACAAAGUGGCUGACUUUGUAUUUGUGGUGUCUGACUCUUAGAAACAUUGUCAUUAGUUCAUUCACUUUAGUUGUCUUUCUGAUUACAGUGUAAUUAAGGAAGCAUUGUAUAUGCCAUUAUGAUGAAAUCAUUGUAUGUGAUCUCUACUGGUACUAUGUUUGUCUUGGGAUCAUGACAUCAACAACAACAAAUGUCUUAGAAAUCAUAUGAACAAACCUUUAACUAAGGCUUUAUUUUCCAACCCGUGUAAAUGUUUUAAGCAAUUCUGUCUUUAGAAUAAAACUCUUCAACUGAUAAGGAACUGUAGCUGCUCUUCAAAAGAAACAAUGACAGAUAUAAAACUCUUUUUAAGUUCAACUAUUAAGUUAAGUUAUGCUUAGUGACAGUUACUAAGUAAGGAAUAGAUGAAGUCUUUCAUUAUUACCACCUUGCGUCCUCUUCUCUUUUUAAAAUCUAUUGGCUUACUACUGUGUAGUUCUACAAGCAUUUCGUUCUGCUUUUAAGUAACUUGAUUUUUGUUUAAAAGAUAAAUUUGUAUGACAGUUGUUAUGUGCUUAUAUGCAUGACUGAAUUCUCUAAGAGAAUUAGACCAAUGUUUUAACCAUGUCUCUGUUGGGUUGUUGCAGUUGAACAUCUUGUUACUCUUAGAUUCUCAGCCAGGAAAUGGCAGCUUUACAAUGGGGUUUUUUUGUUCUUAUUUACUGGGUCCACUUUGGAAAAAGGAUGUGAUAAUUAUUGUGUUGGCAGUCAACUUGUAACUUGUGAAAGUUAUGUAUAAAUUAUUAUAAAUUAAUAAAAUGUUGUAAUAAAUCUUUUAA